AUGUCACAUAAUCAUUUUGCUAGUUAUUUGGCUACGCCAGAUGAUAAACAUGACAAUGAGUCUAGUAGUCAUCCUUCUAGUCAUCAAAAUACGGCUGAAAUUAACGGUGCUAACGAUAUGGAAAUCGAUUUGGAAUUAGAUGGAUCGAAUCAGCUGGAUUCUAACUUCCAAAUACCCAAUACAAGUUCAAAUUCAAAUGAUUAUACAGAAGAUGUUACAUUUACCAAUACAGCUACAAAUACAGAUGCAACUGCAAAUGCAACUGCAAAUGGAUAUGUAAAUACACAUACAAAUGCAAAUUGUGCCACUGAAUUGUCAUGGUUACAAACAAAAGAUUUACAAAUAGAAAUAUUCAAUUUGAUUAAAUCACUGAGUCAAGAUUAUAACACUUCCAAUGCAACCAUAAAUUCUAAUGACCGUAAGGUUAAUGGAGAAGAUUUAUGGAAUUCAUUACAACAACAACAUUUGGAUAAUACUCAUACUGCUACACCAAAGGAUAAAAUCAUUCAUAUACAAAAUGAUAAUUCAAAUCUUAAUAUAUCGCCAUCGAUGGGGUAUAAUAAUGUUUGUAUGAAUCAUUCCUCCUCAGAUUGUUAUGGUAUUGAUAAAGAAAAAAUAAUCAAUGUUUUAAAUGAUUCAUUGUCUGCCAUUUCACAUUUGUCACUACAUGCUCAAUUGAAUAUUUUAGAAAAUAAACAAUUAUUAAAUGAUAUCAAUAAAUCAAUUGAAUUGAAUUUAAAUUCGCCAAGUAUUCAUCAUUUAAAUGAAUCUAUAUUGAUUGAUUCCCCAGAUUUAAUUGAAAGACAGCAUUCCAAUGUACAAGAGGCCUCUACCAAUGUAUCUAAUACUACUGCUGAUAAUAGUAAUACAAAUACAAAUACAACUGUUAAUUCUUCUAAUAAAAUUCAAAAAUUUUAUUCAACAAAUAAUUCUUCAACAAGUACUACUAGUAUUAGUAGUAAUAGUAUAAUAUCUUCUAAUAAAAAUCAAUCCUAUAGAAAUUCAAUUUCCCCUGUAACUUCACCAAACAAAAUUAAGAAAUCAUUAAAUUCAAAUGUUAAAAUUACAAAUAUAAUUACAAAUUCAAAUUCAAAUUCAAAUAUCUUACCAAAUAAAUCAAAUUAUAUUAGUAAAAACACUUCGAAAUUUACCAAUGUGUUUCAAAUAGAUAUGGACAAAAAUAAUAAUAUUCAUAAAAAUUUAACAAACAAUAUUGCUAAUAGCGUCACCUCGACCACCACUAAUAAUAACAAUAACAAUAAUAACAAUAAUAUUAAUAUAAACAACAAUAAUAACAAUAACAAUAAUUUUUAUUCAAAAAUAAUUAACUCAAAUACAAGUUAUAAAAACUUUAAUUAUAAAAAUUCAAGUACUUUCAUAAAACAUGUAAAUCCUUCAUCCUCCAUUUCAAAUUCAAAUUCAAAUUCCACUCCAAGUCCUUUCAUUAGUCCCCCUUAUAGAACUGACCAACAAGAUCAACCCACCGCUAUUCAAAAUAAUACGAACAAUAACAAGAAAAAGCCUGUAAAGUAUCAUGUUUUCAAAUUCAUCGAUGAUUCAAGAGAAAUUUCAAAGAGAUAA